AAGUUUAGCAACAAAGAAGAUGUAAUUAAAGUCUCGUAACAGAAUGAAUCGUCGUUGGCCACGAUAAAAACACAAGACCUGCUGCCUGGAACCAAGAGUUGAUGCGAAAAUUACACGACUGCAAGAAGCGUCCAAAUCAUUCGAAUAAACAAUGGAGAAGUCCCAGCUACAGCAGACGGUCGAAAGUUUAAAACAUCAACUCAAUAUCGCAAGAAUUCCACUGUCUGAAGCGUGCUACGAUUUGAAAGAUUAUUGUCAAAGACACAUCAACGCUGAUCCAUUGAUUACCCCAGUUGACAAGAAAGACAAUCCAUGGGCGGAAAAAAAGACUUGUGCAAUAAUUUAGAUAUCGCAUUCAUCAGAUCAUAAAUUCAACAUAGAUCAGGAAAUUGUAUUUUCUUCAAUUUUUUUUCGAAGUUGUGUCAUCCAUUCCAGUGUAAUGGCUAUUAUAAUACAUGUAUAUGAAAAAGCUUGCAACUAAAACAUUUCGUUUCAGUUUGUUGUAGAAAAAGUAAACAUUUAGAAAAGACGUAUUAUAUGCGAAACAAAAAAUGUGGAAGAAGGUAGAUUUUCUCUUACCUGAAUAAGCCAUCUAUUGACAUUACUCUUUCAUCGUUUUACUAAUAAAAAAUGGAUCAAAAUGUGA